CGAAAAGAUAGACACCAUGACUCCAUUCACCAUCGAUAAUCUUCCGUACGGGGUUAUCUCCACUGACGACAACUCGAGCAAACGCUGUGCCGUCGCUUUCCAGCAGUUCGCCAUUGAUUUGGAUCUGCUCUACCGCCAUGGCUUCUUUGCGUCCAUACCAGAUCUAGACGUCAACGUCUUCGCCAACGACAAUUGGAACGCAUUUGCUGUUCUGCCCUUAAGAACUCGAGCGACCGUCAGGGCCCGAAUCCGAUGUGGUAUCCUGGACAAGACCGUCGACAAGGCGUUUGUUCCGCUAUCCAGCGUGGAAAACCACCUGCCAAUGCAUACAUAUAACUUUUCCGACUUUUACUGCUCUCUCGAGCAUGCAAAGAACUGCACGGAGGUCAUGAAGCUGAAGGAGAUGUCGUCCAACUGGUUCUCCAUCCCGUCUGUGUACAACGGUCGCACCUCAAGCCUUGCGGUUUCAGGUACCCCCUUCACCCGACCUUACGGUAUGUAUCCCGAUCCUCAAACCGGAGCUGUUUCUUUCCAACCCGAAUCAAAGGUCGACUUUGAGUUGGAAAUGGGUGUGUGGCUGUCGACUCCAGUGCCACGAGGUCAGCGAGUAGACAUUGCCAGGGCCAAGGAGCACAUUUUUGGUUUCACGCUCCUCAACGACUGGUCGUCAAGGCGGAUCCAGGGCUUCGAAAUGCCGCCUCUUGGCUGCUUCCAUUCCAAAGGCUCUUUAACAUCCGUGAGUCCCUGGAUCGUGCCGAUUGAGGCUCUGGAGCCGUUCAAGUGCGAAAGGUCGACGCAACAAGAACCUCUGCCAGUGCCACAUCUGAUGCCUCAGGACGAUGCGGCACUGACUUAUGACAUUGACUUGUCCGUCACGUUGCUCCGAGAUGAGAAGUCGUACAGACUUUGUGAGAGCAACCUCAAUACUCUGUACUGGACGCCCAUCCAGCAGCUGGCGCACUUGGCCUCGGCCGGGGAGGGAUUAUCAACAGGAGAUGUGUUUGGAACCGGAACGAUAUCCUCUAGUGUAACGAACCCGGAUGGUGAAAAGAUGGGUCUUGGCUGCCUCGUCGAGCGGGGUCUCCCUCGGACGAUGCUCAAGUCUGCGCCUUCAGACUUACAUGACACCUUUUUGAAGGAUGGUGAUGAGGUAAUUAUGGAAGCUUGGUGUCGGAACAAGAUGACUGGAGAGGUGGUGUUUGGGUUUGGGGAGUGCAGAGGCAAAGUACUACCUGCUGUUCCGGGAAGUAUUUAGUGACAGUGAUGAUUCACAACUUGACUUCUCAAUGAAUCCGUUGUGCCCUGUUAGCUUAAGUGUACAAGCAAACUAAUGAUUCCGAAGUCAGCUAGCUUUUUGGGUAUCGCAGUAUUUUCUUCAUAAAAGC